AUGUCUCUCACAAAAGUACACCCGCUUCGCACCCUCACAAGGGCCCGAAUCUCUCCACGAACCCCUCUCGCACACUUCCGGCGCAGAUACGCAGCCGAGGACAGCAACAUUGGCGGCGCAAGUUCAGGCCCUACUAAUAAGGGCCCUCAGAAAACCUCCCCCUUGCUCCCGAUAACCCUCGCCGUAACAAUCCCCGCCCUUGCCUGGUUCUUCUGGGGUACUUCCCGCACAACACCUACAACCGCCAAGAAAGCUCUCACAGGCGAAAAGCCUUCGGAUUCCGUCAAUAGGCAGAAGGGUGGGUCGUUUAAUGAGGAGCCUAGCAGGACCGUCCCUAUUGUGCAGACGACGGGGAAGGAGGAGAAGCCUCCCUCUACGGAGGCGGCAGCCUCGGAUGAGGUGAGGUUGGAGUCCGAGAAGCCACCGUCGACUACGUCGAAGACAUCCUCGGCCGACUCCCCCAAGGCACCAAUCGUGGUCCAUGGUCGCCCACAGUCCUCCGUAUCCUCUCCUUCACUUGCCCUCUCGAUCGGACACGAACUCACAUGGCAAAGAGAACGAGCCCGCGGCUUCGGCCUCAAAGAAGCCGAACGCUUCGAGAACUUCAGAGCCUGGUGCCUCCCAUGUACCUUCCUCGUCGAGAGCGAGGAGCAAAUAUACGAGCUCUGCGCGGAGCGAAACCGCCGCCGUCAAGAGCUCGCGGGGUACGAAGCCAAUGCCCCGAUGACCAUAUCGCCCUGGGCUGGAGGCCGCUGCGACGAUCCGGACAACUUGUGUGGGACUGUCCUUGGCGAGUUUUUGUCCGAGCAUCCCUGCGAGGGCGCGGUGGCGGCGCAGACCGGGCUUGGGUUUAUUUCGCCGACGCUGGAGCCUGUGCGGGAUGGGGGUGUGAGAAGGCAGGGUGGGGUGUCGCGGUUUAGGACGAGGUUGGAUGAUAUUGAGGAGGCGAAGAGUUCGAGGGGGAGUGAGAAUACACUCAAGACUUUGGACAUGGUGCGCGAGAGUAACAAAGGGUCUUCGGAUCCCGUGGCUGCCCUGGAUUCCGAUGCUGGCGAGGGUUCUUCCAAGGCGAACGUGCCAGAUGCUGGCCGGAUGAGAGCUCCCACCCUCACGCUGUCCGGAGCAAGCGGUUCGUCCGUGGAAAAGGACGUGCCGUAUAAACCUCGCUCCAAUGUGGUGGGGAUCGCUUGGACUCGACCCCAGGAUCGUCGUUCCCGCUCCCACUCGAGCAUGUCUCAUCCCGCCGAACGGAGCGUGGAGGAAAUGAGGUUCUCUAGCACGGACGAAUGCGACAUCGCCACCGAGCCUGGCAAUCCUGAGAUGGCCCCGCAGCCUGUGCUAGCUCAAGAGCAGCAAGCAUCAUCUACAGCUUCCAACUCGCAGAAUAUCCAAUCCGACGGCCGCGGCGCCGAGAUUCCUACGCUGGUAGUAUCGCCCCCGAGUUCCUCCCUGGCGCAAACCAGUAAGCCAGACCAAGGUCGCAAAGCAGUGUCUACGGAAAAGUCUAGUUAUCAAACUGCCCAGGGGGACGGGAACGAGGACUCGCAGUCUGGUGAAUGGGAUGUCAGGAUGUACGGGUCUGUGAGCAAGAUUAGAGGUAGGAGUGUGAGUGGGAAGGGGAAGGGAGCGCAGACUCGGAGCUCGAGUGGGAGAUCGUUUGUUUCUGUUCCCGAGGGUUCUCAAGGAUAG